ACUUCCGGGUUGUAACUUGGGAGUAGGCUCUGUGAACUUCGCGGCGUACCUCGCGCUCAGAGGCGGAAACACAAGGAACAUGUCCACGUCGCGAAAGCACAAAGACUUCGUCGAAGAGCCGAUGGGCGAGAAGGCCGUCACCGCCCUCCCCGGCAUCGGUCCGACUUUGGGCGCUAGCCUGAGCCAGCAAGGCUUCGAUAAGGCGUCGUUGCUGCUGGGCCAGUUUCUGCUGCUGAAGGAGGACACUGACAAGUUCGCUGAUUGGUUGAAGGAUGUGUGUGGCGCGAGCGCCCGCCAGGCGGCUCCUUGCUCUCAGUGUUUGAAGGAGUGGUGUGACGCUUUUCUCUGAGACCACCCCUCUAGUGCUUCUGUCACCUUUGUUUAUAUUACUGUCUGAAUAAAUUCAUAUUUUCUAAUGAA